AUGUGUGAGAACGCAAACCGAUUCCUACACAUGUCGAGCAAGGCUUCGUCGAGCUCUGAGUUUGGCAUGGAAGAUGUCAUGCUGAUGGCAGAUAUCUGGUUAGUGGUACCCGUCCUCGCGAGUAUGGUUACGCAUGACAUGCCUGAGUGGCUAGUAUUAUUUGUUGUACCACUCUCAGCCGGACAAGGCUACAUGUCUAUCACCGUGCAGGUCGUCGCCCUGCAAGCUACGCUCAUACGUUAUUCUGAUACUCUUCUGGAACAGUGGGGAUCAUUCAUGGACCAUUCUUUCCCUGUCUCUGAGCUCAAAAUGUCAUCCGACAAGGGAUGCCGGCACGAGGCAGCGCAAGCCCUACAAAUGCAUAUGCCAUGCUUCGGUGGGUAUCAACGUGUAGUAAUUGGAGCAAGGCCUACACCAGGCUGGGUCAUCGUUGACCGCCAAGGUUUAAAACCCUCGGAAAGCGAAACUCUCCCUAGCACAAAACUCAGCAGGGUGACCGUGUGGCGUGCGUUCACGGCAACUUUGAAUUGUGCCGGACGAAGUACUGGUCUAGGGGCUGAACGGCGAUGGUUUAUCCGGCAUCUCCAGAUGCCAAAUACCUACGUAGGCCUUAUCGAUGUUUCUCGUGUUGAUGUCAUGUUGAGCUGUCGUUCGGCUUUGCAAACCUGCCUGGAGGUGUUGCAUUCAGGUAAUAAUUCGAGCGCCAGAAGCGGGCGCCCACAUAGGCUGCAAAGCGAUGACAUAACCAAUGGCAAAACAGCAGGAAGCUGGAUGAAGACCUCAUGA